GGGUGGUGCCCCAUGCUGGCUCCAGGCUGCUCCUCCCUCAGGUCCACUCCCAGCCUUCUGCCCCAUCCAUCCACUGCUUCUCUCGGGGAUGGGAGCCCCGGCCUGACACAUUAUUGCGUCAGCUUUGGUUUUGUCCCACGUCAAGAAGAGAGGAAGUCGGCUGGAGCCUUCUUAAAGAAGACAGCGUUGAGGGAGCAAGCAGCAGCGAAGACUUGGGCCACCAAAGGAGAAAAGGAGAGACUGACCCAAAGCCCCUUGCCCUGCCUGUCCCUGGCGGUGGCCCUGGUCUCAGGGUCUGGUGAACAGAACAGACCGAUGGCCUCUCGGUGGCCCGGCGUGAGCACGUCCAUGCGCAGGAGAUCUCUCCAGGACCACCAGCAGCUGGAGGAGAGCAAUGAGCUGCCGCCUGCAGCUGGCCAUCUGGAGGCCUCCGGCGGAGCCCUGGGCUCCCUCUGCAGACAGUUCCAAAGGAGGCUGCCCCUGAGAGCAGUCAGCCUCAACCUAGGGGCGGGCCCCUCCUGGAAACGCCUGGAAACCCCAGAGCCAGAGCAGCAGGGCCUCCAGGCUGCAGCUCGCUCAGCUAAGAACGCCUUGGGUGCCGUGUCCCAGAGAAUCCAGGAGUCCUGCCAAAGUGGCACCAAGUGGCUGGUGGAAACCCAGGUGAAAGCCAGGAGGAGGAAGAGAGAGACACAGAAGGGUGGUAGCCCCCCAGCUCGCAGCCUGAGCCAGAGGAGCACCCAGCUUUCUGGAACCGGCCCUGGCCGCUCAACUCUGGGCCCCUGGGGGUGGGAGCGUCACCGCCACUCCACCCAGACAGGCCCACGUGCCCACCCUCUGCGGAGGUCCAGGAGGGAGGCCGCCUUCCGGAGCCCCUACUCCUCUACAGAGCCCCUCUGCUCCCCCAGUGAAUCCGACAGUGACCUGGAGCCCGUGGGGGCAGGAAUCCAGCGUCUCCAGAAGCUGUCUCAGGAGCUGGAUGAGGCCAUUGCGUCUGAAGAGAGCGCUGACAUGGCCAUUUCUCUCCUUCGAGACUGAUGGAGUGCCCUUCAGGGAAGGUCCUCCUCCCGAGCAUCUUUCCUCCCAAGCAUCUUUCCCAGCGUCCUCUUCCUCCUCUCCUCCUCCUCCUACAUGAGCGCGUGUGCAGAUCUGGAGGCGCGUUAAAGA